AUCUAAUAAAACUACUAUGUUUCGCAGCGACUUUUUUCUCUCAUCACUCGCCACCCGUACCGUAGACUCUUGCCAAGAACACGUCCAUGCUACAUCUUUUCCAUUUUCUUUAGCCCCUCUCUCUGAAGAAACAAACAGAACAAGUACAAUCACAGGUCCAGACUCCAGAGUCGUUAAAAUUUCCUGAGAUGAUGAUAUGCAUAUGCAUGCUUCCAUAUUUCAAGAAACUUAUUCCUCUGUUUCUAGCAUCGCUCCUCGUAUUUAGCAGAGUCUCUGCAAGGUUUGUUGUAGAGAAGAAUAGCAUCCGAGUGCUAUCUCCAUUGAGUCUGCGAACAAAGCAUGACGGUGCCAUAGGUAACUUUGGAAUACCAGACUACGGAGGGUUUAUUGUAGGCUCAGUGGUUUAUCCAGAUAAAGGGGCUAAUGGCUGUGAACCCUUUGAUGGUGUGCCCUUCAAGUCCAAGUUUCCUCGCCCCUCUGUUCUCCUUCUUGAUCGUGGAGAUUGUUACUUUGCCUUGAAGGCAUGGCAUGGCCAACAGGCUGGAGCUGCAGCAGUAUUGGUGGCUGAUAGCAUAGAUGAACCUCUAAUAACUAUGGAUUCUCCUGAGGAAAGCUCUGACGCAAAUGAGUAUGUGGAGAAGAUAGGAAUUCCGUCAGCUUUGAUAGAAAAGUCUUUUGGUGACAGCCUGAAGGAGGCCUUGAAGAAGAAUGAAGAUGUAGUGGUAAAGUUAGACUGGAGCGAGUCAAUGCCCCAUCCUGACCAGAGAGUUGAAUAUGAGCUUUGGACGAAUAGCAAUGAUGAAUGUGGGGUUCGUUGCGAUGAGCAGAUGAAUUUUGUAAAGAAUUUCAAGGGCAAUGCGCAGAUACUUGAAAAAUGGGGUUACACUUUGUUCACACCACAUUACAUAACUUGGUAUUGUCCUCGGGCUUUUGUUUCUAGCAGUCAGUGCAAGUCUCAGUGCAUAAACCAUGGAAGAUAUUGUGCUCCUGAUCCAGAACAAGAUUUUGCAGAGGGAUAUCAAGGAAAAGAAGUGGUGUUUGAGAACUUGAGACAGCUCUGUGUGCACAGAGUUGCCAAUGAGAGCAAGAGGUCUUGGAUUUGGUGGGAUUACGUAACAGAUUUCCAUAUCAGGUGUUCAAUGAAGGAUAAGAGAUACAGCAAAGAAUGUGCUGAGGAUGUCAUGCGCUCACUUGAUUUGCCUGUUGAGAAAAUCAAAAAGUGCAUGGGUGAUCCUGAAGCUGAUGUCGAGAACGAAGUCCUGAAAACUGAGCAAGAGCUUCAGGUUGGCCGAGGUUCUCGUGGUGAUGUUACCAUUUUGCCAACAUUGGUUAUCAAUAAUGUUCAAUAUCGAGGAAAAUUGGAUAGAACUGCUGUGCUUAAGGCCAUCUGUGCUGGAUUUAAGGAGACCACAGAACCUCCAGUUUGUUUAAGUGCAGAUCUCGAAACUAAUGAGUGCCUUGAAAGAAAUGGUGGUUGUUGGCAGGAUAAACAAGCUAACAUUACUGCGUGCAAGGAUACAUUCAGAGGACGAGUGUGUGAAUGCCCCACUGUGAAGGGUGUGCAGUAUCAAGGAGAUGGUUAUGUAACUUGUGAAGCUUUUGGACCUGCGAGAUGUACAAUUAACAACGGAGGUUGCUGGUCUGAAACAAUAAAUGGAUUAACUUUCUCAGCCUGCUCAGAAACCCAAUUAAGAGGUUGUCAUUGUCCACAAGGCUUCAGAGGGGAUGGUCAAAAAUGUGAAGAUAUCAAUGAAUGCAAGGAAGGAAGUGUUUGUCGUUGUGAUGGCUGCUCCUGUAAAAACACUUGGGGUGCAUAUGAGUGCAAGUGCAAAGGUGACCUUCUCUAUAUAAGGGAGCAAGAUUCUUGCAUUGAGAGAAAUGGAUCACGCUUUGGGUGGUUCCUCACCUUCUUGGUCCUGGCAGCUGUGACAGUUGCUGGCUUAGCUGGGUAUAUAUUCUACAAAUAUAGGCUCCGGUCUUACAUGGACUCCGAGAUUAUGGCUAUCAUGUCGCAGUACAUGCCUCUUGACAAUCACCAUAACAACGAAGUUCCUAGUGAGGUUGGACCUUAAUUUGCGACAAAACUCAACAAUAGAAACAAAGAUGGAGGGAGGAGGUUACAAGCAAUCAGUUGGAUUUUAUCCGUUAUGCUUUAUGCUGGUCCUGAAAUUCAAGUGAUCUAUAUAUACAUAUACAUAGAUAGAUACAGUUUGCGAAAAUGACCAAAAAGACAGACUUCUUUUACUGCUAUAUAUACAGGCACAGCCACCAUGAGUUAUCUUUAUACAGAAAAUUUCCUUCACAGAUAGAAUCCUCUUUUUUAUAUUUUUAAAAAGGUUUUUACUCUCUUUAUGGUAGGUUGUAGGCAAAAUAGUUGAGAUGUAAACAUAGAUUGAAGUUCAGGUGAUGACUCAUGAUCUAUAUUCUAUUUUCUAUACAAGUAUAAGAAAAGUAAAAGAAUAAAAGUGUUGUUGUAAAAGUAAAUAAUUCCUAGCAUUACCAACAAUUGUAGCUUGUAAGCAGAUUUUAAGGUAAAAAAAAGUUGUGUAUUUAUUU